GAAGAUAGUUUACGGCUGUCAAAGGAAUGUUUCCAGAAUUCGACGAAUGAUAGUUAAAAAUGGAAGCCCAGCAACAGGCAGAAAUUGAAAGGAAUGUCAGAAUUAAAGAAAAAUGGGUUGCUGACACCUUAAGUCCUAUCGAACCCGUGGUUAUAAGCCUUCAAAGUUUGCUAGUGUGGGAGAAUCCUAAGAAAAGUGCCCUUCUUUUCACUGCAGUGCACCUGUCAUUUUGGUUGUUGGCUUAUAUAUCAUCUCAAGUUUACUACCUAAUAUCAAUAACUUUGAUUAUAAUAUUCUGUAUAGAUACCUGGAAAAAACAAAUUUGGCCUGAAAUAAGAGUUCCACCACCAGUGCCUGAAGAUGAAGAUGAUUGGACCCCAGUUCAUCCUCGGUUAUUAAGUACUCCUGAAAUUUCUCAUUACAUUGCUCAAGCUUUGUAUUUUACUCAAACUACUCUCAGAAAAUGGAGGGUAUUCAGACGCCAACAUCCUCAAAAAUUUUGUUUCUUCGCUUGUUCAUUUUUUACCACACUAUAUUUAGUGAGUCGCUGUGUUUCUGGCUUGACUCUAACUUACACAUUAGUUAUAAGUGUAUUACUAUGGCCUUGUGUAGUCUAUCAUAAUUUGCUGAAGAAAUCCUAUUUAUUGAUGGAGCCGGCUUUAAUGUGGUUAGACUAUCAACUUAAACAUUUAAAAGUAUCAAAACCAGCAGAGAAUAGAGAAGCCAAUGGUCAACAGGUUGUUGAAGCUCUCAGUGAUGAACCUAGUGCAAUCCUAGUAGAUGAAGAAGAAGAGUAUAUACCUAGUUAUGAUCCAGAGACCACUGCUGCUCUAGCUCGUGCCAUAACUGAUAGUGAAGAUGAGGGAGGAACAUCUUCUGUACCAACACCAGGCUUGUCUAAAGAACCUUCUAUUGACAACAGUGAUGAUGAGCGAGAUAUAAAUGUUGAUGAUUUGAUGCCCAGCAUUGAUCAGAUGCCGUCUUUUGAUGAUUUGGACCAGACAGAUGAUGAAUGGGCACCAGGAUCACCAAAUGAAUGCACUGGUCAAAUACAAUUCACUCCAACGCAUUUUGGUGAUGAAUCUGAUUCAGAAGAUGAGAAUCAAUUAGCUGAUUUAAGCAUUCCUGAUAUGAGUGACAGUGGUGCUGAUGGUUCUAUUACUCAUCAGUUAGUGAGUCAAACUCUGACAAAUAUGAUGGACAAUGCUUUACAACGCUUAUCUCCCGAUAAAGACAAUUCUUCAUUUACUUCAGACAUGUUACCAAGAACUGGAGCAAGGGUAACUUACACUAAAACAUCACAUGGUGAAUCAUUUGAUAUCUCAGACCCAGCAGAUGAUACCAUAAUUGAAGAAGAUGAAGAAGAUGAAAACACAGAUGCAGAAAAUAUUGAAAAAGAAUUUGAUUUUUUGGAUGAUUAUGAUAAAGAUGACAACAAUGUUAAGAAAUGAGUUAAACAUUAGAUAUGUGGGUCCAAAAUGUUCAUCUGCUGGUCCUCAGAGACACGGAGUAUACCACCUAGAAGUUAGUUUGUAGUAUAUCAACUGAUAAUCAUGUUUUUACUGUGGAACCACAUUCAGAAAGACAAGUAUGACUAUGUAGAGAUUAGAGCAGCAGAAUAUAUGAUUUUCAAAAUAAUAUUGAAAUCAUUGAGAAUUUGUCUAUUAUAGUACAGAGCAUCGAGAUUUACAUUCAUUUCACAUAUCCUCUGGUUGUGCUCCAAGUUAACAUAUUUCAUUUCAUUUGGGUAGACUCUGUUUAAGUUAAAGAUUAUCUAAAUUCAAAUCAAUCCUUAUUCCAAUAUGUUAGCGAGUUGUUUGUAGUGAAAUUCUGUAGAAUUCGAAAUAGAAAGGUGCCACUGAGCUUUAUUCUUGUUUUUGUGACUGAUUAGGCUUUUUUCAGCAGUUGUAAAUCAAAUAUUUUCUGCAAUGAUAUAAUAUAGGACAUAACUUACUUUAGUUGAUUUUAUUGCAAAGGGGCAAUUUUAUACCACCAGAUAUAUUAUUAUUACUUAUUAUAAAGAUUCUCAACAUGUCAAUAUAGAAUAUUUUUUGGAAUAAAGGAUUAGGUGCUUUGUGUUGAUGACUUUCACCGAAUAUUUUUACUUGAAUUAUACACCAGAU